AUGGAGUUAGCACACCGAGCGCAUUGGGCCAUUAAAACUGUUAAUGCGGAUUAUGACGAAGCGGGUCAAACAAGGAAGUUGCAAUUGAAUGAGAUCGAGGAGAUAAGAGAUGAAGCUUAUGAAUGUGCUUCCGCAUACAAAGACAAACUGAAGAAAGUUCAUGAUGCAAAGAUAAGGAAAAAGAACUUCGAAGUGGGUCAAAAGGUGUGGUUGUACAAUUCAAGGUUAAAGAUGUUUGCAGGAAAACUCAAGAGCAAGUGGAUGGGUCCUUAUAUCAUCCGAAGAGUGGGAAAAUUUGGUGAUGUUGAUAUAGAAGACGAACAAUCCAAUAGGCAACAAACGGUGAAUGGGCAUCGGCUCAAACCGUAUUUGGAUGGGAACGACAUCAACACCUUGGAGCUUGACAAGGCGGGCUACAUCUUACGCCCGGUUGAUGAGGAACAACCAUGA